UGGAGUGGAGUGGAGUGUCGUGGAGUGGAGUGGAGUGUCGUGGAGUGUCGUGUCGCGUCGCGGAGUGGAGUGUCGCUGUUAAUGGAGAGACGGUAGCGUUGGGACUUGGCCUCAGAGCAGAGUAUUUAAACCACCGCUAAUUAUCAUGCGGCGAUUGCAUUGACGGAUGUGCCUCUCUCCGUGUGAAGUAUAAUCUUUUUUUUUUUUUUUUUUUUUUCCGCCGAGGAGGCUGUGGUGGGAAGUAUCCGAAGUGAAGUGUAAAUGUGGAGAGGGUACCCUCGUCUCCCAAAAUGCGGGCGCUUCAGUGCUAGGGUGGCUGUGCAAACGCGUCUUGUGUGGGGGGAGAGGGUCAUUUCUGCCUCGGCAAAAGUAUUGGUCUGCUUUUUGUUUUGAAGAAAGUACAUUUUAAUUUAAUCUGUACUUUUAAUUCUCUGCUGUCUGAUGUGUGGGUAGCCGAAUGACCGUUUGACAGCUCCGCUCUCCCCCCCUUCUGUUUUUGGGUUCUUCGUUCAAUACAAUCAGAAAGGUUGCGUUCUUGUUGGGUGUGUGUCUGUGAAUGUCACUUUGCGGAACAGCGGCGAGCAAUGCCGCAAAAAUGAUGGCUGCAUACAACGGCGGCGCCUCGGCGGUGGCAACGCAUCACCCCCACCACCUUGCGCACCUCCCUCCACCCCACCUCCACCAUCACCACCCCGGUCAACACCACCUGCACCCCGGCUCGGCAGCCGCUGUCCACCCGGUGCAGCAACACGCUUCUACUGCGGCCGCGGCCGCCGCCGCCGCAGCUGCUGCAGCUGUCAUGCUAAAUCCAGGCCAACAGCAACCGUAUUUCCCAUCGCCGGCCCCGGGUCAGGCUCCCGGUCCCGCAGCGGCAGUCGCCCCGGCUCAGCUGCAGGCUGCAGCGGCCGCGGCUGUGAAGGUGCACCAGCAUCACCCACACGCGCAGCACCUGCAGCAGCAGCAGCACCUGGACAUCGAGCCCGACAGACCCAUCGGGUACGGGGCCUUCGGAGUGGUCUGGUCCGUGACGGAUCCCAGGGAUGGAAAGAGGGUUGCCCUUAAAAAGAUGCCUAACGUCUUCCAGAAUCUGGUCUCCUGCAAGAGGGUCUUCCGCGAGCUGAAGAUGCUUUGUUUUUUUAAGCACGACAACGUACUCUCUGCACUCGACAUACUCCAGCCGCCACAUGUUGACUACUUUGAAGAAAUCUAUGUCGUCACAGAGCUGAUGCAGAGCGACCUUCAUAAGAUCAUUGUGUCCCCUCAGCCUCUGAGUUCUGACCAUGUCAAAGUUUUUCUCUAUCAGAUUUUAAGAGGACUGAAGUAUCUUCACUCGGCUGGCAUUUUGCAUAGAGACAUAAAACCAGGAAACCUCCUUGUUAACAGCAACUGUGUCCUCAAGAUUUGUGACUUUGGCCUGGCCAGAGUAGAAGAGCUUGAUGAGUCACGUCACAUGACUCAGGAAGUCGUCACUCAGUAUUACAGGGCUCCGGAGAUCCUCAUGGGAAGCCGGCAUUACUCCAACGCCAUUGAUAUCUGGUCUGUUGGCUGCAUCUUCGCAGAGCUGCUGGGGAGGAGAAUACUCUUUCAGGCCCAAAGCCCUGUUCAGCAGCUGGAUCUGAUCACAGACCUCCUGGGAUCACCGUCUCUAGAAGCCAUGAGAACAGCAUGUGAAGGGGCCAAGGCUCACAUACUCAGGGGUCCCCACAAACAGCCAUCCCUUCCUGUCCUGUAUACUCUGUCAAGCCAGGCAACCCAUGAAGCGGUUCACCUCCUGUGCAGGAUGCUGGUCUUCGAUCCGUCGAAGAGGAUCUGUGCGAAGGACGCCCUGGCUCACCCGUACCUGGACGAGGGCAGGCUGCGCUAUCACACCUGCAUGUGCAAGUGCUGCUACAGCACCUCCUCUGGCCGUGUCUACACCAGCGACUUCGAGCCCGUCACCAACCCCAAAUUCGACGACGGCUUUGAGAAGAACCUCGCCUCCGUUCGGCAGGUUAAAGAGAUCAUUCACCAGUUCGUCCUGGAGCAGCAGAAAGGAAAUCGAGUGCCCCUUUGCAUCAACCCGCAGUCCGCUGCUUUUAAAAGCUUUAUAAGUUCCACAGUGGCUCAGCCCUCUGAGAUGCCCCCAUCCCCUCUGGUGUGGGAAUAACUGGACAGACACCUAACUACUGAAGACAAAAACGUAGCAUUUCACUGGAGUCUAGGACUAGCAAGUUUGGAGUUUUUACCCUGUGUGUACUGUAAUUUUACUAAUGAAGUUUUAAAUGAUCAACCACUGCUGAGAAAAAAAAAGGAGUAUAUAUUAUUGAUCAGUAAUAAUACUAAAAUAAUUUACAUUGAGGUAGACAACAGUAAAAACACUGAUAGUCAAACAAAGUCUACUUUGAACCUUUAUUUAAUUGUUUUGUAUUACUGAAUAGCUUGUGAUUGAGUGAUUAGAGUGUAUGUGUAUAUA